ACAACAACUAACAUUCAAUUUCUUCGCUCUGCCAUUCCCAUUUUCUCUCAAAAAUCCAUUCAGAAAAAACUCUUAUUUUAAUUUUCAUUCACUCUCCUUUGCCUAAUUUCAUCAAGCUUUCUUUCUCCUCUUCCCUUUAGAUCUUCUCAUACGUACCAUUUCACCAUGGCUUUUCUGACAAACAAACAAGCCUCCUUUUCCUCCAUCACCCACCAAUACAAAUAUGAUGUGUUCUUGAGUUUCAGAGGGGAAGAUAUCCGCAUGGAUUUUACGAGCCAUUUGAAUGGCUUUUUGAAGUUGAAGGGUAUUCACACCUUUAUCGAUGAUGAACUCCCAAGGGGAGAAGAAAUUUCUACUGAACUUCUCGAAGCUAUUAGAAGUUCAAGGAGUUUCAUAAUUGUAUUCUCUGAGAACUAUGCAUCUUCUACUUGGUGCUUGGAUGAACUUGUCGAAAUUCUUGAGUGUAAGAAGAAUGGACAAAUGGUGCUCCUAGUGUUUUAUAAGGUGGAUCCCUCGGAAGUACGUAACCAAAAGGGAAAAUUUGGAGAAGCUUUAGUAAAACAUGAAGUAAAUAAUAUAAAGAAGGUGCAAAAAUGGAGGGAAGUUCUAAAAAAAGCUGGUAGCAUAUCUGGUUUGACUUACAAGGACGGGUGCUCUCAAUUUGAAUUUAUUGAAGAAAUUUUUAAAGAGAUCUCAAGUGCUCAAUUAAAUCACAUGAAAUUAUCUGUUGCAAAAUAUCUUGUUGGAAUAGAUACUUGUGUGGGGAGUAUAUCUAAAGGAAUCAAUGUGACAAUUGAAAGGCUUCAUUGUAAAAGAAUUCUUAUAGUUCUUGAUAAUGUUGAAAAAUUGGAUGAGAUAGAAUUUUUUCUUGAAAAUUAUGAUCGGUUCACUUCUGGAAGUAGAAUCAUUAUAACCACAAGAGACAAACACUUGCUUGAUACUCUUACAAAAAAUAUUCAUGAAAUGUACUACGAGGUGAAAGAGUUAAAUGAACAUGAAGCUCAUAAACUCUUUUGUCAAGAGGCCUUUGGAAGAAACAAUUUCAAGGAAGAUUAUUCAGAACUGGUCAACAAAUUUAUAGAUUAUGCCAAAGGUCUUCCAUUAGUUCUAAAAAUAAUUGGCGCAGAUUUGUAUGGAAGAACUAAACAUGAAUGGAAAAGUGCGUUAGACAAAUACAAAAGAAUUCCCAAGGGAGACAUUCAAAAAAUACUCAAAAUAAGCUAUGAUGGAUUGGACCAAACUCAACAGGAAAUGUUUCUUGAUAUUGCUUGCUUUCUUAAAGGAUUCUACAAAGAUCAAGUUGUAGAUAUACUAAGAAACAUCAAUUUCCAUGAACCAUAUUAUGAUAUUGCAAGACUUAUUGACAAGUGUCUUAUAAUUGUUACUGAAGAUAACAAACUAUUGAUGCAUGACUUGAUUCAACAAAUGGGUUGGGAAAUUGUUCGACAAGAAUCACCAGAUGUGAUCGAGAAGCGUAGUAGGCUAUUGUGUUAUGAGGAUGCUCCUGAAAUACUAAUUGAAAAUACGGGGUCAAAUGAAAUUCGAGGCAUAACAAUGUGUGUGCCUAAACCAAAAAUCAUGAAGUUGAAUCUUGAAAAGAUGAGGAAUCUCAAAUAUUUGAAAGUUCGCAAUGUAAUUUGUGAAGACCUUGAAUCUCUUCCCAAUGGGUUGAGGUUACUUGAUUGGAAUGGAUUUCCUUUAUCUUCCUUGCCAUCAGCCUUUGAGCCUAAAAACCUCAUUGUACUCAAUAUGCAACAAAGCCACAUAAAAUUGGACGAGCAUUUCGAGGUAUGA